CAUGGAUUGUAAGUAUUGUACAAUGAUGUCAUGAAAAGAAGUCCAUACUUGCAUUAUGUGUUACGGGUGGAUUCCCAAAAGGUAAAAAUUACUACCAUACGAAUUAGAGGAGAGACGUUGAUAACUUUGAUACUAGAAUGACGCAAAGAACAACUGGGCAAUCCCUCGGUCCCAAUAUCAUCGCAAAAGUGACACAAAAAUGGCUGAGGAAAACCAAAACAUCAUUCACGCUCCGACGGAAUAUGCCAUUAAAAUAAACAAAUGGAAAGUGCGCGAGGGUUAUCCGGUCACCAACGGGAACAUAAUAUUAUUCUACGAGUGUUCGGACGGAUCGGAAAAAGACGUCAAGCGUUUGAAGGCGACCAAAGCGGGUGUUGUGAAAAAGCGCCUCGCCAGGGAAGGUGAUGUUGUGGAUAAAGGAAAACCUUUGCUGCAGCUGGAACAAUGCAGUCACACAACGGUGAUAAAGGAUAUGUGCGCGGACUGCGGUGCGGACCUUCGCCAGGAUGACCAAGGAGGUGGAUCAACGGCAUCCGUUCCGAUGAUUCAUUCAGUGCCGGAGUUGAAGGUUACUGAAACAUUGGCGAAAAAAUUGGGACAGGCCGACACAGAGCGUUUGUUACAGGACAAAAAGUUAGUACUACUGGUGGAUCUUGAUCAAACGUUAAUCCACACAACUAAUGACAAUGUUCCCAAUAAUUUGAAGGACGUGUAUCAUUUUCAACUCUACGGGCCAAAUUCACCAUGGUAUCAUACCAGGCUUAGGCCAGGAGCGCUACAGUUUCUCGUCAAAAUGGAUCCAUAUUAUGAGUUACACAUUUGCACCUUCGGUGCUCGCAACUAUGCCCACAUGAUUGCACAGUUUCUGGACGAGGACGGGAAACUUUUUUCUCAUCGAAUUCUAUCGCGAGACGAAUGUUUCAAUGCGACCAGCAAAACCGAUAAUCUCAGGGCUCUGUUCCCGUGUGGGGACUCUAUGGUUUGCAUCAUAGAUGAUCGUGAAGAUGUGUGGAAUAUGGCAGCUAAUCUAAUACAAGUGAAGCCAUACCAUUUCUUCCAGCACACAGGGGACAUCAACGCGCCGCCUGGCAUGUCCAAAAACGAACUCGACGGAAAAGGAGUCGAUUUCAAAGAUCUCAUGAGUCAAGUUGCGAAAGAUAAGAAAGACAAAGCAAAGGAAAGCAGUCGACCGCCAACACCAACAAUUGAAACGGAUGACGGGGUAACGACGGAGGAAGAUCCACCGUUAACAGAAUCGUCAACAACUUCGAAAGAAACUAUCAAAGAACACCCAUCAAAUGAAGAACAAAAAGAGAAACCGCCUGAAACACCCUCAGAAUCGGAUGAAAAAUCGGAGAAAGGAAAAGUUAACGAUUCAAAAGAUGUGAAAAGUAAGAAAGACCCUGAUGAAAAGCAUACUGCAGAGUCGCUCAGUGACGAUAAUCUGAUCCAUAUAGAGGACCCAGAUGACUAUCUGUUGUAUCUGGAGCACAUCCUACUUAAAAUUCAUCAGACUUUCUACCAAGAGUACGAAAAAACGCAAAAGAUAUCCGACCUUAAAACGCUCAUCCCGUGGGUGAAGUCUCAAGUACUGAUAGGCUUCAAGUUAGUGUUUUCUGGUUUAGUCCCCAAUACGCUUAAGCUGGAAGAGAGCAAAGCAUAUCAGAUAGCGCGAGGUUUGGGCGCGAGUGUGACACAGAACAUUGAGGCAGCCACGACACACCUGGUAGCGGUUACGUUCGGUACAUCCAAAGUGAACAACGCUCGGAAGAACAAAAAAAUCCACAUAGUGACACCCGAAUGGCUCUGGACGUGUGCUGAACGGUGGGAACAUGUCGACGAACGGUUAUAUCCUUUGAGAUCAUCGAAACCAUCUAAAAUGCGACAACCUCCGCCCCAUUGUCACAGCCCCGAACACGCAGUCAACUACGGCGAUAGCAGGUGCCCUGAUGGACCAUCGAAAAGCGCUGCCGCUGAGCAAGAAUCCCUCAAGUUCAUCGAUACCAUUAAUCCGCUGUUAAGAUUCUCCAACGAUGAUCUGGACGCAAUGAACGAUGAUUUUGACGAAUUCUUCGAGUCGGACGAUACCUCCAGCGAUGAUGAACCGAUCGAUAUUGAAAACCCUCCAAUGAACAAAUCCUUGCGAAAGCGGAAGCGUAUUGAGGAGAAACGAAAUCGUCACAACAUUUUCAAGAAACCCGAAGGAGUGGACGAUGAGAGUUCGAUGAAGGCGUUAAUGAGGUCUGAUGAUGAAAAUGACAACAGUCAGACAAACGUGAGCUCGGACGAAGACGAGAGCCCUAGUGCGAAGUUCAGACGGGGAGGCGACCUGCCGUCAGAUUUGGAUAUGGGCUCGAACAGCGAGGGAAGUAAUGAUCCAAUGGAUGAUGUCGACGACGGGGACUGGAAUAUGAUGGGAGCGGCUCUCGAGCGAGAGUUCCUAGGCUUAGACGAGUGAAAUGAGAGUGACUGCGCUGAAGUAAGUAGUGGUAGUACAAAAGUGAACAGUGACCUCACUGCGGUUUCCUAAUUUUUGUAUACUUUUCUGUUAUAUUGUACAGGAUAAUUAAAUCUCUAGCAUUUAGAAGAAAGCUUAAUUUAUGACCUUAGUUAU